AUCCCCCGCCGCCGCCGCUCCCCGUCCCGCGGCGGGCCCGCGCUCCGCGCUUCCUGCUCUGCUGACAGCGGCGGGCCGGCCGCGCAUCACCCGGCUUCUUCCGCUCUCCUGGCCCCGGCCCGCGGAGGCGCCCGCAGCGCCCCGGUGGGGCGGCGGUGCGGGCGGGCGCGGCCUGGUGUGCCAGCGGUGCCCGGGGCAGGCGCCGCCAUCGUCACCCGCAGCGGCGCUCCGCGUGACGUCACGGCGAAAGGAGGCGCCGAUUGGCCGGCGCAGCCCGGCGCCCUCACGUGUCCGCCCGCCAUUGGUUCCGCAUGGCGGAGCCGCGGCGGCGCGCGCGGCGGUACCGCUUCGAGGAGGGUCCGGCGGCGCUGGCCGUGCGUGUGCCCGAGGUGCUGGACUCGCAGUACGGGCUGUACGCGUGGCCCAGCGCCGUGGUCCUGGCGCAGUACGUGUGGGCGCAGCGGCGGAGCCUGCCCGGCAGGCGAGUGCUGGAGAUCGGAGCCGGUGUGAGCCUGCCGGGCGUGGUGGCCGCCCGGUGCGGGGCGCAGGUGACCCUGUCGGACAGCGAGGAGCUGCCCUGCUGCCUGCAGAGCUGCCGCCGCAGCUGCCUCAGCAACCGCCUGCCACACGUGCCCGUCAUCGGGCUCACCUGGGGCCGCGUGUCGCCAGAGCUGCUCGCUCUUGCUCCUGUAGACAUUAUUUUAGGCUCAGAUGUCUUUUUUGACCCCAAAGACUUUGAAGAUAUAUUAACUACAAUUUACUUCUUGCUGGAGAAGAAUCCACAUGCUCAGUUCUGGACUACUUAUCAAGUCCGAAGUGCUGACUGGUCUAUCGAGGCUCUGCUCUGCAAAUGGAACCUGAGGAGCAUCCACGUUCCCCUACACUCCUUUGGUGCAGACAAGGAGCACUUGGCCAGCUCGUCUCUCCCAGGAAGGCACACAAUCGAAAUGAUGAUCAUCUCACUGGCACAGUCAGAGGGCACUUCAGUUUAUUCCACUUUAGGUUCCAGUACAAGGUGAUACUCAGCUGUUCUGAUCUGCAGAAAACAGUCCUGUUUACAGCAAACCUUGUGUGUAUUUCUGGGAAGCAGUUAAUUCUUAAAACAUGCAUUGUAAAAAUAAAGCUGUUUGGUUUUUUCCAGCUAUGGCUUAUGAGAAAUUUGUGCUCCUCCCCAAAGCCCAUGAAAUAGUUCAGAGACUCAAUUCCAUUGUGUCAAGCCACUACACAACACAGCUUAACCUGGAAAUCCAUGAGAUCCAACCUAAAUCCACAACUUCAGCAAUGGAAAGGUAACUGCACUCUUUCAAAUUAAAGACCAGCCCCAUAAGAUCAGUUUCCCAGGACUGGGAAUCCUGGAAUCCACAUACAAAAGCCAGCCCCUUUGUAAAUGAGUGUGUGUAGACUGUGCUAACCUGGAACAUACAAACUCCCCAGUUUGUAGAAAAGUACUUUUAAUCCUCAACAAAAGCCAUACUGCCAGCGUUCAGAUGUUUCCAUUCCCAUUUAACAUACAUGCAUAAAAUUAACAAGGCAUUACAAUAACCCUUGACACAGGAUGGUUGAAGUUACAAUUCAUUUGGUACCAAAUCAAGAAAAAUCAUCACUGUAAGAUCAGCCCCCAUCAAGCAGCAGCCUGGGCAAGCACACAGCAAUGCAAUUAGUACUGCUCAGUGUGGACCUUCCACAACACCUCAGGACCUGGCUGGGUCAGUGUUCACAGCCUGGUGUGCAACACUUGCCACACAACAUCGGGUUAGUCACAAUACUAAUUUGAGUUUGCCCACAGUAAUUUAAAAGCAACCCCGGUGGAUAAAAUUUAUAAGCAGUAGAAUGCAUUCAGUUACUAUAUAGAAGUUAAACAUAGACAGUAUAAUUGCAGAAAUCUUUUCAAGCUAAAAAUAAGCUGACCCAAGACAUUAAGUUGAGAAAAGUUAACACAGAAAAAUGUUUAAUAUUAACUACAGAGACAGUGGGUAUAGUACAGAAUAUCGUAAGCAAAAGAUACACCAAUCAGUACUUACAAAGGAAUGAACCAUUUCUGUUCUUAACAUUACAUAUCUCAUAUGUAAGUUCAUAUAUGUAGGUUGGUUUUACCAUCUGGAAAUAAUAAGGUGUGUAUAUCAUCAGCUAGAUGUGCUCACUGUAUGCUCCAUAUUUUUUACGCAAGGCCCGGGUGACUGGAAGUGCAGUUGUCAGGCAUUUUAAUUAACUGGACAGCCAUUUGUUUCUGCACGACAAGGCAUCGUUACACAGGAGCAAUCAGGAGACAACAGGAAACAGCCAAGCACUCUGCACUGCAACACGCCACCUUAACAGCUAACCAGCAUUACUCAACUGCUACACAACUGCGCCUAGUGCACAAAAAUACAUAAGAGAAGAGAUUAGAAUUGAGUCUGAUAAAACAAUCCUUUCAUAUAUCAACUGUCACCUGAAAAGAUUUCUACCAAUUUUGAAUUUGAAGAUACUAUUUUAAUGCAAAGUUGUUUUUUCUUAAAAAAAAAAAAAAGCAUUUACAGUUAAGUUUCAAAUUGAAGUUCUGUAGAAUUUUACUUAAGGAAUGAAAACAAACUUGAGAAUACUUUCUGACAGUUAGCUACUCGGCAUAUAAUGGCUGCAUGAUUCCUCAGUAUGAAACUGGAGGCAGCAAGUUACCAUCAGUUUUAAUUUCCAAUAGAAGUCAGCACUAUAUAAACAAAAAUGAAGUUUUACCUCAAAUAUCCAAGCCAAUAAUGAAAUCGGUAGUCGUUCACUUCACUAAAUUACAAGAAAUUUGAAUAACAGCAACAAAAUGGCACAUAAAAAUGUAAAAUCUGCCACUUGAGGCGCAACUUAAACAAGUAAAAAGUUAGACAAAAUGUUACAAAAUAACCUUUUCAACAGCUGGUUGCUCGGCCAGGGUCUCUCCAAUGGGCUGAAGACUCAAGCGAUCUUUUCCCCCCAAAGGCGUCCUUUAUGUGGGUUCUCAUUUAGCUGAAGCAUCUAGGUUUGAAGAAAAGAAAGUUCAGCCAGGUUUCUACCUUGUCUGUUUUGGGUGUGGAUGACUUCAGGGAUACUUCUAGUUGUGUUUCAACUGGCUUUGCCUAAGUUAAUUUUAAGUUUUAGGAAUUUCCACAGUGUUCCACCUCCCCCCCCUUGUGUCGCUUUACUUCAGAGGCCAAAUGUAAGGUUCUGUCAGAGUAUUUAGUUACAAAGGAGAACAAGCACCAGGCUGUAGAUCAAGCCACCAUUAACUUCAAUUCAGCCUGUUCAACAAUCGAUUAUUAAAAGCUAUAUAAAAGUUAAAAAAGCUAAUACUUCUUCAUAAAGACUUAACUAAACUCUUAAGUAGCAUUCAAAACAGAAAACGUGACUAGUUUUGCUACAAUUAUCUAACUCCAGAGCUAGCUUAGGCCCUUUCCUUUUAAAAAACAGGACCAAACAGUUUGAAGGGUUAAAGACACACUAUCCUUUCCCCACCCAGUGUAUCCUUAGAUGCCUCUUCCAAGAUGUCGACUUGAGGAAAAACUAGUUUCCGUGGUUUUCUCGUUGCCAUGGAAUUUGCCCCUUUUCUAGGACACUUAUUACCUCCAGUCAGUACAACGGCCACUGAACCGAUCUUCCGUUCUAAAAGGAUAGUGUAUCUUUAACAGUGUAAGACAAACCUGCUCCAACACACGCCCACAGAAACUGGUCCCUGGAGGAUCAGCCAAAUCAGUUAAAAUCUGCAAUACUGGCCAAUAUUCUUUUAGCAAACAGGAGACCGCAGCUUUAAAGGGGAAAAUGCAGAUGUUGGAUAAAUACAGUAAGAAAUAGUCAUUUGCAUCAUAGGUUGCGUCUCAUACAAUAUUUUAAUAAAACCAAGGCAUUAAUCUCGCAAUAAAACAUUUUCUCUGUAGAAAAAAAAAAAUAUUUCCGUAGAAAACCCUUCAGUAAUAACUUCCCUAAACCAAUAACCAAAAAGCACUGCUCAGGAAAAAAAAAACCAAAACCAACAACUAACAGUGUGCCCCGUUAGGAUUCACUUGGUUCAGGAUAUUAAUGCUCUAAGAACUACCCAACACCCCACCUAAGUGCUCUAAUAAAGUAACAUGCAACAUGUGCUGAUCCCGAGGUACAUUACCAUGUUCCUAGGAGGAUACAGCUCCUUCUUCUUCAGGAGACUUGGGAGGGCUCUUAGAUCUGGAUCUAGAGUUGGAUUCCCUCUUUGAAGCAGGGGGAGGGCUUCUAGAUCUGGACCGGGAUCUUGACCUGGACCGGGAUCUGGAGACAGAUGAGGACUUUGACUUGGAUCUCCUGGCAGACCUGGACUUGGAGGUGGAGCGAGACCGAGAGCGUGUACGAGACCGGGAUUUGGAUCGGCUGUAGCGGGACCGACUGCGGGAUCUAGAGCGGCUCCUGCUUCUAGAUCGGCUGCGACGGCGUCUUCUAGGGCUAAAACAUACCAGGAAGGGGAAGGAAAAGGAAAGAAAAAAAAAAGACGCGUUAAAAGUUGCUCACGGGCAGCGCAGAAUCCAGUGAGUGCCGCGGGACAGGGAGGGCGGGACAGGACGCACGUGGGCAAGAAAACGAGCGUUACGAGGGCGCCAUUGUUCAGAGCGAGUGGCCGGGGGCUAAAUUUACUACAGGGCAAAAACCUUCCACUCCGAGGGGACCAUAUGUGCCUUCACUACUAAGCCCCUACUCCCCCUGCCCAACCCCGCCGCGAAACUCACUGGGAAAGGCUACAGAAUCACAGAACCGGUCAGGUUGGCAGGGACCGCAGAGGGUCAUCUGGUCUACACUCCCUGCUUAAGGAGGGUCAUCCCGGAGCACAUGAUUAUGUCGUGUACUCAGCUGCCGGAGUAUCCCCACCGCGGGAGACUCCACCACCUCUCUAGGCAACCAAUACACAACCACGCGGCCCCCGCUACGCCCGCUAGGACCUAACCCUCGUCCCCCCAUCUACUGCCAUAAGUUCGCUGCUCACCUGCGGCUGCGGCGGCCGUACCCGCUGCUGCUGUACCGGCGGGGCGGCGGCCCGCGGCGGCUGUGGUGCGAGUCGGGCGGGCGGCCGUACCGGGCCAUCUGUACGCGGAGCUCCCGCCCGUCCAGCACCGCCCCGUCCAUCGCGUCCAUCGCGUCCUCCGCGUCCCGCUUGUCGUGGAAGCGCACGAAGGCGAAGCCGCGGCUCUCCUUGGUGUAGCGGUCCCGCGGGAUGUAGACGUCGCCCACCCGGCCGUACUUCUCGAAGACCCUCCGCAGGGUGUCCGGGGAGGUGCGGUAGGUCAGGUUGUCCACCUUGAGGGAAGUCAUGCCCUCCACGUCGGGCGGCGGGCGGCCGUAACUCAUGGCGGGCUGGAGCCCCUGAGGGGCGGUGGCGGCCGACGAGAAUAAACCUGAGGGCGAUGUGAGGGGUCAGCAGCGGGCGCGGCCCUGAGGGCGACGCGCCUCACGCCGCGGGGCGAGCGCCGAGGCGGCGGCGCGGCAGAGCCCAGAAACGAGGAGAACUACAGCGCAUAGGGAAAAGCCCGCGGGGCCCGCAGGGAGCAGCACCAACCUCAGGGUCCGAGGGGCGGCCCGAGGCCGGAGCGAAGCGCCAGGAGCGGCCGCCCCGUCCCGUCCGCCGCGGCGAGGAAAUGAGGGGGAACCGCCCGCGCGCGCGGCUUAACGCCACAAAAUGGCCGGCGGGACCCCGGAAGGGAAACGCGGAGCCGCCCCGCCCGCGACACCGCCACCCCGACCCCGGAGCCCUUUUUACCCCUUUUCCCCGAGGUGGUCCCGCGGGGAGCGCGGGGAAUCCGCCCCUAAAUUAAUAAUUCGCCCCUGCGUUGGAAAGCGGCCCUGAAAACGGCGCCGCUGUGACCCGGAAGAGCUCCGGGGAGGCGGGGAAUUAUUUUUUUUUGAACAAUGUGUGUUGAAAACCGUAAGAAAAACAAUAAUAAAAAGAAAAGGAAAUAAGAGCAGGGCUGUGCGCGUGAGGUGAGGGGGCAGAGGGGUGGGAAACCGCCGCAGCAGGGAAAAAAAAAAGCGAUGGUGAAGGGAGUCGGUUGUGGCGCGGGCGGGAGGGGACGGUUUAAAAUGGCGGACGGGGAGAGCUGUGAGGGCAGAGUCAUGAGGGGCGGCGGCAGGUCGGGGCUCGGCUUCAUGAGAGGAGUCGGUUCAGGGCGCUUGUCCGACGCUCUGUGAGGGCGGUUCUCCCGGGACAGCUGCUGUGGGAGCUCCGUGCCAUUCCUGCUCCCGCUCCGCUGUGCUCCGGUGGCCGCCGUGAGGGACCAGGCAGCCCGGUGCGGGCUCUUCUUCACCUCCUGCCGGCAGCGGUGCCCCGUGAAGCCUCCUCGGUCCCUCCAGCUCUGGAUGUGCCUCGAUGGAUACGCAGCUUAUCGGUGCAUGUGGGAGCUGAGCGAGGAAACAUUAAAAUCCUCCGUACCCCAGCCUGCUCUGCAAACUCGUGCUGUGGUAGCAUGCUCUGGAAUUGGAGCAAAAGAGAAAUCUUGCACACCCCUUGUGUAAGGAUGACAAGCAGGUUCCCACAGUUUUGGCCGGGGAAUUCUGUGAAAGCUGUUCCCCUGCCUCAAAAGUUGUUGCUAUGUCACUUCAAGCACUGAAUAAAAUGCCCAAACCCCAUGUAUGAACUGCAAUACCUAGUUUUCAUCGCACAACAGUGUUAAAAGUUUCUAGCCAUCUGUUUCGUGAUACUAUGUUAAAAAAAGAGUAAAGAAACAAGACCAUUUCCUUCUGAUUUGUUCAGUCACAGUAUUGAUAUGAGAGAGCAAUUUCAGUAUUAGAAUUUAAAGUCUUAGUCUUACUGUAACUGUGUUUAAUCUUAUUUUGCAAUGAAGAAGUAUAAAAGUAAGCAGUGACAUCAAUGCAAAACCAGAAACAGCUGUUUGUUUCCUGCUAAAUGACUUAAGAAAUCAAAUAAACUAGUUUUAGUUUCGCA